GUGCACAGAGUGAGCAGCCGCUCUCACUGCCCUGCAACCCAUGUGGCCCUUCCUGAGCCCCACACUCUUCCCACCCCCCACCGAGGCCUGGCUCCGGACGGUCUCCUCAGACCCCGAGGCCCAGGGCUGGGGAGCCUGGGCUGGGACGGAGAAGACCGCUCUGGAGCCAGGAAGUGGGGGCAGGAGGCAGGCCGAGGAAGACAGUGAUGAUGGAGACUCCGACUUCCUGCUGACCCUGCUGGAGUCUGACCACCUGGCCAAGGUUCCUGAACCUGACCAGCUCACCCCGCCUUGCCAGCAGGAGCUGGAGGCCAUCAGGCUGAAGCUAUGGACCAUGGAGCAGGCUCAGAGGGCGCCAGAGCUGCCCAGCACACAAGCUGAGGCCAAGGAGGAAGAGGGAGCUGCAGCCAGGCAGCUGCUGAGCCCCAAAACUGUGGGCUGCCCCUUCCCUGGGGUCCUCAGGCAGACGGUGGAGGCCGACCACAGGUCCAUCUACGUAGGCAACGUGGACUACGGCGGCACGGCUGAAGAGCUAGAGGCCCACUUCCACCGCUGCGGGGAGGUACACCGCGUCACCAUCCUGUGCGACAAGUUCUCCGGCCACCCCAAGGGGUAUGCCUAUGUGGAGUUUGCCACCCAGCGCUCGGCCCAGGCUGCUGUGGAGCUGGAUGAGAGCAUCUUUCGGGGCCGGGCCCUCAAGGUGCUCCCCAAGAGGACCAACUUCCCAGGGAUCAGCUCCACCGACCGCGGGGGCCUCCGGGGACACCUGGGCACCAGGGUGCCACCAGUCCUCUGCAGCAGUCUCCAGGGCAGGCCCCGGUCCCGACCACGUGGGCAGGGCAGGGGACGCGGGAGAUUCUCCAUGUGGUUCUUGCCAUACUGAGGGGAUGUACUGAGGGGAUGCCUGACGGCGUGGGCACAGGGCUGGGCCAGGAAUCGGCAGCAGUGUCCCCUGGGGACCACUUGUUCCAGACAGCCUGGGGCCCUGGACAGCUGGGCGACCGAGGCAUGGUGGGAGGCCAGCCGUAGGACGAGCUCCCUGGCUCUCCAGGGCACUCAUUUUAAAGAAAAACAGAAGCGCGUGUCUUAACAGUAAAGAAUAAAUUAAUAAA